CCAAACCCACCCCACUUACGUAUGCGAGUCCAUGGAGCCAUCAAGGCUUUUUCACGAUGCCCAUAGGCCACAACGAGAGACCGCCGUACGCCUCCGCCCUAGUUGUGAUGGGGGUCUCGCACGAGUGGGUACUACGACGUUUCUUCUUCUACUCUACCUCUCGUUCUGCUGUGAAGCAUUGCUCAUGAAUCUGAGGUCGCAAAUGUCGCUGUGUCAGGUGGUAGAGUCACCGCCUAGAGCGGCGUCUGGUGUUCGCACGGCGUCCUCCGAGCACGACGAAGACCUCCCCGGGGACCCCAGCCGCCACGACAGCCGGCUGCCGAUGUCCAGAAGAAAUUUACUGGAAAAUGCCAAAGGAACCGCGCUAGGGAUAGGCCUUGCCGGGCCGAUGCGAGGGACAGCCCUCCGACGAGCUUCCGCUGUCCGCACUGUAGGAGCGGUGGCUGCGGGAAGUUGGGGGCUAGGGCUGGGGCGGGAGGGGGUUCGUCCCGCCGAGGCGUUCGGGGGUCCGAGCAGGCCGUUGAGUAGGUGUCUGGUGAACGCCGUCAACGCUCGCGAGUUUUGCGGGCGGUUAGAGGCAGACCUAGCCGCCGGGCGCAACGAGCAAGAAUGUAGAGGGAUGGUUAAGGGGGUGUUGCGAGGCCUUAGCCUCCAGGAGUCGAUCAAGGACGCCGUCCUCUACCUUCCCCGAGGAAAACGCCAGGUGGCAGGCGACGCCGGACAGUCGGCAGUGGAAUAUUUAGCGUCGGUGGUAGAGUUCGAUGCCUGGGACAAGCUUGACAAGGACUGGACUUCAAACGUCGCUUUGAGGAACAUGACGCCUGAGAAUGUUUUGUUCGUGCGCAUGGCGUUGGACGCAUCGGCGUCAGCCUUGGACACUUUUCUGGGCCAGUUCGACAGCGCCGACGUAGAUUCCGCGAGGGAGUUGUAUAGACUGUACUUCCUUCCCGCCGAAGAGAGAGAGCAGCCCACCGAGACCUGAGUCUCUGUGGUUGUUGGAAUCGAUGAAAAAAAUGGCGCUGAGUGAACGGCGGCAAAAUAUCUAGGCCUCAGGCUAUUUACAGAUAGGCCGGAGAUGCAAAGAGGCGUGAGGGGGGAGCAAAGAGACAAGGCCUCUUCACGUCCUAAGUUUGCAGCCGUUGUACAACUGCAUGUAUGCGGUGAAACCAGUUCGAAAUACUCUAUUGUUUUCGUACAUGUGGUGGGCAUUCUACCUGUACAGAAUCGAAGUACCGAAAGUGCACCCGGCAAAAGAGGUAAAUCAUUUGAGAUUCUUGCAUUUUUUGCGGCGACUGGCUGGUCGAAAUGCAGAGCAAUGGAAAAAUUAGCAGUUUUCGGGUCCGUUCAUCCAAUGGCGGGCAUUGUGGAGAGUAAGGGGGGAGCUGUUCACGAUUUGUUUACGGUCGGUGUUGUGCAAUUUGCCAUCGAUUAUGUGGCGGACGCCAAGCUACACUGCCCGCAAACAGUCGUUGUUGGCACGUACGUGUGGGUGAACAACGUCCCGUACGUUGGGUAAGGGUUCGAGCAUACUGGUGGUCUAGCAUGGCAAGGUAGAAGGACAAAGGGAAGCCUCACGCAAUGCGCUUUGCGAAUCUCCCCAAGAAGUUGUCCACAACCGGUUUGUCACCAUUGAUCUUCGACGUUUUGGUUGCGAACGAAUGCAUGUGCAUGCGUAUAUUACGUCCGCGCGACAGGUACAUGCCUAUACCUCGAAACGAUGUGGUCUCACAACUGUGUGGGUUGGACAAAAUCACUUGAGACCACAUGUAUUUCGUAGUCUACACAGUUCGGACUGAU